GAGGGCGAGCCCCUCGCCCCGCGAAAGCGGCAUCCAGGCGGCGGAGAGGGUGAUUGCGGGCGCUGCUGCCGGUGCUGCCGCGGCGACGCGGAGCGUGUCGGAGAACCACACCAUGAACGUGCUGCGGGGCGGUGGCGACUGGCUGGACCGCACGCUGAGAAUCCCCAGGCGCCCGCCGGGACUGGCACCGCCGCCGAACGAGGUGCCGCCCCCGCAGAUCAUCGGGAGGCCCAGCGAGGUGGAGCUGUUGCUGCAGCGCGCGGGGCAGCGGGCGGCGGAGGUGGAGCGCCAGGCAGCGCAGGACAUAGAAAGCUUCGCCUCGCAGCAAGCGGCGGAGGCGGAAGCGGCGGAGGGCUUUGCUUCGACCGCACAGGUGGCAAUCGCAGGAGCCGAGACGGCUGCGGCUGGCGGGGGCGCCUUGGCGGCGCUGGGCGAAGGCGCCCUGGCGGUGGCCGGUGCCGCGGGCGCAGCGACCCGCCGUCUGGUGGGGGGGGCAGCGGCGGCCGUUGUGGGCACCGCUUGGGCCAUCGAGGGCGGAGUCACCGCGGCCUCGCACAUGCUGGGCUGGGGCGCGGCGACCGGAGGCGGCACGGACAGCGACGCCUCGCCGCCCAGCAUGACCACGGACGUGCAGACCCUGAACAACAUGCAGGAAUCCCGGGCCGUGGACCACUACUUCAUCCAGGAGCAGCGCCCCAGGGCCGCGCAGCCACAGGCGCAAACGCGCUUCGGCCUGAACAACAUCCCCAUCCCCGUGUCCGGAGCGAGCGAGCCAGCCGCCAAGGCGACCGGGGGCCUCUGGGGACCCAGCCGUCCUUCGACGCGCUUCGUCAGGCGAGCGCACCGGAAGCUGCAUAAGGUAAAGAGAUGGAGCAGGUGA